GUCACGUCACAGUUCCACAAUGGUGAGCCCUGUGAUGGAAGAACUUCCAAAGACUUCUGUGUUGGACCCCCUGAAGGGGCUCCUGCUCACUUAUUUCAUGCCAGAAUCAUGUUACGACGAGUUUUUCCUCAAUUUUAACUUUCUGGAUGUGCCAUGUCUAAAGAUUGUGCUGAGCAAAGGUCUGGGCAUUGGAAUCAUCCUGGGGUCUGUGAUGGUAAAGCUGCCCCAGAUCCUGAAGCUGAUGGGGGCUAAGAGUGCAGAGGGUCUAAGCUUCAACUCUGUCUUGCUGGAGCUGCUGGCUAUCACCGGCACCAUGGCCUAUAGCAUUGCUAACAGCUUUCCCUUCAGUGCCUGGGGUGAGGCCCUCUUCCUCAUGUUACAGACAGUGGCCAUCGGUUUCCUUAUUAUGCAUUAUGGAGGCAACACAGUCAAAGGUGUGCUGUUUCUGGUGGUAUACUUUGGUCUGGUAGCUCUGCUGCUCUCCCCUGUAACUCCAAUGCCUGUGGUCAUGGCGAUGCAGACAUCCAACAUGCCUGCUAUCAUCAUUGGCAGGCUAAUCCAGGUAGUGACUAACUAUCAUAACGGACACACAGGUCAGCUGUCUGCCAUCACUGUGUUGAUGCUGUUCGCUGGCUCCCUGGCUCGCAUAUUCACCUCAAUACAGGAAACGGGUGACUCCCUGAUGGCCCUGACCUAUGUCAUAUCCUCUUCUUGUAACGGUCUUAUCGCUGCCCAGCUCCUCUACUACUGGAAGAGCAGCCCGGCACUGAAGAAGAAGACGGAGUAGAUAGACGGGCGUACAUGAAAAUAGUUGCCUCUAAAAUGGCACCCUAUUUCUUUUGACUAGGACCCAUAGGGCUCUGGUCAAAAGUGGUGCACUAUAUAGGGAAUAGGUUGCAAUUUGGGAUGCAGGCAAUGGUAGAGAGAAUAUAUAGACGGGGUGCAGCUCAAAUGGCACCCUAUUCCAUAUGUAGUGCACUACUGACCAGGUCCAUGGACUCUAAUGGUACACUAUGGGGAAUUGGGUGUCAUUUGAGAUUUGCACAAAUUCACAUCGAGCAAUGCAUACACUCUGCACUCCCCUACUGUAAGCUUAGCUCUGAACCAAAUCAACAUUCUAUUCCCACCAAGCAAACCAAGGAGCUUUCUCUACUCUACCUGACUUCAAUGACACUGUGACUACAGCCCAGUUAGAAUAGCUCACAGAGAAACCUCUAGUUUUACCUCAGUGUUUUUUAGCUCAGGGAAGGCUUGACUCUUAUUACUCCAUCCUGAACACUGAUUCUACCAGACGCCACAGAAGUGCUGACACGGAGUAGGGUGAAGCUGCCGCUUGACGCUGAUCUUGAGUCAGUUUAGCAUUUUCCCCACUUAUGGUUAAGGUUAGGAUUGGGGGAGGGGAAGCUGAUCCUAUAUCUGUACCUAGGGGAAACUUCACCCCGGAGCUUUCAAAACACGCACUACAGUCAGUUGUUUCGUCAUACUCCUAAAUCUUUAUGCCUCCCUAACAAUGCGCUACAUUGUUCCAGUUAUAUUACACGGGUUGUCCUCGGAUCAUAAUCUAGAAUGAGAACACAUUCUAGAACACAACCAGGAAGUUAACGAUUCUAGCUAUAAUCAAGGGAGCAAGCAAUAGAGAGGUUUACUGUGAAAUUCUCUGUCAAUAUGUUUGAGAUAAAUGUUUGACCUUUAAGUUGAAGCUUUGUGGCUUUAGUGCGAUCUAAAGCAGCCUGGUCCCAGAUCCUUUAAUGCGUGUGCCAACGUCAUUGCUGUACUUGGUAAACCAUGUUUGGCGUGACAAUGAGUUAGAAGGAGUUGGCAUGAUUGCACAAACAGACUGGCACUCAGAUCAAAAUAACUGUACUGAAACAAAUGGUUAUCAGUCCAAAAUGCAGUUGCACCUUUGAUGUUUUUCUGUCUGUUUCUUUGUACAUAUAGAUGCUGAAUGUGUUUAAUUAUGAAUCACAUCCUUUAUUGAAUUCAAUGAAUGAGUCCACAAUACUAAAUAAUUCAUUCCAAUUUGAUUCAGAUUAAACCUGGGAGCAGAUAUUUGGGGGCAUUAUAGUGUUAUGUUGAACUCCAAUUUCUCUGUUUAGUUUUAGUUUAUUUGUUGAGAUUGAACUACUCAUGUUAAGGUGCUGCUUGCACUUGUAUGAAUAGCAUGUGAGUGCUACAGUUCUGAAGAUGGUAAGAGUUAAUUUUUUUAUUUUAUGUGAAAAUUUAAUAAAAUAUGUUUUGUUUUUGUUGGGA